CAUAGUCUGUGGUAGUGGUAGUCUGUGCAUAUUGGAUUGUUUUUGACACACCUUUCUAUGCUUUCUUUUCCUAAUAUUAAAGCUCUUCGUUUCCGUGUGUGUAUUUUGUGAGCUUUCUAGUGAAGGAACUUAUUAAUAAAGUGAAUUUUAAAUUGUUAGUGCUAGGCGGCAUUUCUAGAUAAGAAUGACAACCAUGGCAGACCCCUAUGACACAACUGGGACUUUGUCCUUGAAAUGGGAUCCUAAAAACUUGGAGAUACGUACCAUGUCUGUUGAAAGGACCCUUGAGCCAUUGGUGUUGCAGGUUACUACCCUUGUUAACAGCAAGGAUAAGGCAGCUAAAAAGAAACGACCUGGCAAAUCUAAGAGAGCCAGUGCCUUAGUAGCAACUGUAGAGCGAGCUACAGAAAUUUUCAUAGAAAGAGGACAGACAAUCGCUUAUGAGAACCCAGAAAUCACUCAGGAGAUGCUGGCCGCAGUUGAGCAAGUUAGAAAGGCUGGGGCAGCCAUGAGUCUCGCAGCUCGUGAGUUCUCUGAGGAGCCGUGUGCAUCAUCUGUCCGCUCCAGCAUGGUUAGAGCUGCUCGCAGCCUGCUCUCUGCUGUCACUCGCCUGCUCAUUCUUGCUGAUAUGGUGGAUGUGCAUCUGUUGCUGUCUAAACAGAGAAUGGUGGAAAAAGAUCUUGACAAGCUGAAAUCGGCUUCCUCUCAAUCUGAACUGAUAGAGAGCGCUCGUCAAUUUGGUCGUUCUGCCAGUGAAUUGGCUGCUCAAGCGGCUAAGAGGCAGAAGGAACUCAAGGAGCCAAGGAUGAAGGACGAGCUGGCUGCAGCGAGGGCUGUUCUGAAGAAGCACUCCACCAUGCUGCUCACUGCCUCUAAGGUAUACGUUCGUCACCCGGAAUUGGCUGCUGCAAAGGCCAACCGUGACUUCGUUCUUCGUGCUGUGUGUUCCGCCGUUGACACCAUCUCGGCUGUCGCUCAGGGCAGACCCACUCCUAAUACUGGUACUAACCGUGUCCCAGUGGAGGGUCCAGGAGAAUUGGCUCAGGCUUUGGAUGACUUUGAUGAGCGUAUGGUGAUGGAGCCAUUGGCGUAUUCCGAGCUGCGUACGCGUCCAUCGCUCGAGGAGAGACUUGAAUCCAUCAUUUCUGGCGCAGCACUUAUGGCCGACAGCUCUUGUACUCGAGACGAGCGUCGCGAGCGCAUAGUGGCCGAGUGCAACGCUGUACGUCAGGCUUUGCAGGAGUUGCUCCACGAAUAUAUGACCAAUGCCGGUCGUCCCGAACAAUCCGAGGGCUUGGAACGUGCGCUGGAGCACAUGUGCCGUAAGACCCGCGACCUGCGUCGGCAGCUGAGGAAGGCUGUGGUGGAUCAUGUGUCUGACAGUUUCCUGGAGACCAACGUUCCUCUGCUGGUCCUGAUGGAGGCAGCUCGCAACGGCAAUGAGAAGGAGGUGGAGGAGUAUGCCGUUGUCUUCACUGAACACGCUAAUAAACUUGUCGAGGUAGCGAACCUCGUGUGUUCGAUGUCCAACAACGAAGACGGCGUCAAAAUGGUGAGGCACGCGGCCGGACAGAUCGAAGCUCUCUGCCCUCAGGUGAUCAACGCGUGUCGCGUCCUCGCGGCUCGCAGCCGUUCGCGCGUCGCGCAGGAGAACGGCCGCGCCUUUGGCCGCGCUUGGGAGGCCGCUGUGCGACUGCUGACUGACGCCGUGGACGAUCUGACCACUAUUGACGACUUCUUGGCUGUUAGCGAGAAUCACAUUCUGGAGGACGUGAACAAGUGUGUAGUAGCCCUGCAAGAGGGAGACCCGGAUUCGCUGGAGCGCACUGCCGGGGCCAUACGCGGACGAGCUGCUAGGGUGUGUUCAGUGGUGACUCAAGAGAUGGACAACUACGAGCCCUGUAUUUACACCAAGAGGGUUCUCGAAGCCGUCACCGUACUACGAGACCAAGUAAUGUCGAAAUUCGCUGUGCGCGUCGAUGCAGCAGUUUCGGCUCUCGGCAGCGGUGGAAACGCAGGCCUGGACGAAAAUGACUUCAUUGACGCUUCUCGACUUGUGUAUGACGGUGUGAGGGAGAUAAGGCGCGCUGUGCUCAUGAACCGGACAAGCGACGACCUCGAUACGGACACGGAGUUCGAACCCGUGGAAGACAUGACCAUGGAGACAAGGAGCCGAUCGAGUGCACACACCGGCGAACAUGGCGUGGAUGAAUACCCUGACAUCAGUGGCAUCACCAAUGCGAGGGAAGCCAUGCGAAAGAUGACGGAAGAAGACAAACGCAAGAUCCUCCAGCAAGUGGAGUUGUUCCGUCGUGAGAAGAUGACCUUCGACAACGAAGUUGCCAAGUGGGACGACGCGGGCAAUGACAUCAUCAUGCUGGCCAAGCACAUGUGCAUGAUCAUGCUAGAGAUGACAGAUUUCACAAGAGGCCGUGGUCCUCUGAAGACAACCAUGGACGUCAUCAACGCGGCCAAAAAGAUCUCAGAGGCCGGGACUAAACUUGACAAACUGACGAGGGAGAUUGCCGAACAGUGCCCAGAGUCGUCGACCAAGCAGGAUCUGUUGGCGUAUCUGCAGCGCAUAGCCCUCUACUGCCACCAGAUUCAAAUCACGAGCAAAGUCAAGGCGGACGUGCAGAAUAUAUCCGGAGAGCUCAUUGUCAGUGGGUUGGACAGUGCCACCUCCCUGAUCCAAGCGGCCAAGAACUUGAUGAACGCUGUGGUGCUGACCGUCAAAGCCUCGUACGUCGCCUCCACCAAGUACACUCGACAGGGAACUAUUGCUUCCCCGAUCGUGGUGUGGCGUAUGAAAGCGCCUGAGAAGAAGCCGUUGAUCAGACCAGAGAAACCCGAAGAGGUGCGGGCGAAGGUCCGUCGCGGAAGUCAGAAGAAACAGCCCAGUCCCAUCCACGCUCUCGCGGAGUUUCAGAGCCCCGCUGACAAUGUUUGAACGUGACUUACAGGAUAUUUAUUAAUUAGAACUAAUUUUAUAAUACUUCAAGUAUCUACUCAAUUUAGACAAUAUUGUCGAUUUCAAUAAUAACGGUAGCUCAAUAUUUAUAAUAACUUUUCAGUAUUGUUUUCCUUAAAUUCUUAGAUUUGAUAAGUCAAACUUUUCUCUAUUUUGUAUUUGGUCUGUCUAAAUACUUAGCCUCUUAUUAAUAGAAAUUAAAAGCGUCGAGUCGGUUAAACAAUGUUAGUUUACUUAUUUAUUGAAGUAAGUGCUUUUCAAAAUAUUCUAAGUAUAUUCAAGUAUCAAGAAUAAUUGUAUCCUUAGCAUAGACAAUACGCAAAAUGGAAAACGCACUUCGAGCUAAACAUAAUCAUCAUAGUAUCGAUGCCACAUGUAUAUUCAUACUGACAUUUGCCAAAUUAAAUCAUCGUAUCGACAACUGACAUAAACAUUUGACAGAUGACAUAAUUGUAUAGAUGAUUGACAUUCUCCUUUCGACAACGUUUGUACUGAGGGUACUGUGAGAGCUACAUUUAGUAACUUUUACACACCCAUUAUGUAAGUGUAAUUUUAUAAGACAAGAUUUUUUUAGAUUAAAAAUUUCGGCGGCUUAACUAAGGUUACUAUUUUUUAGCUUAUACUACGAAAUAUAUAAAUAAGAAAUUUUGAUAACGAUAUUAUGUUUCGUGAAUACAGUGAAAACUCUUAAUAACGAAUUUCAUUUUCAAUUUUUUUCGUUAUAUGGAAGGAAGAGAAAAAACAAAUUUAACCAAUUACAAUAAUUUCUAAUUUUAUUACUAUCCAUUGGUUAAUCUUAAAAAUUUUGCCUUACGUGUUUUGCCAUGACGGGCUAUGUUUUCUAAGAAUAAUGGCACACGUGUUAAUGCAAUUAACAAUAACAAACGCUGUUAUUGACCUCAAGAGUCUUUCUUAGAAAUGUCGGCACCUCAAUAGGCUAGUUUUGUAAGCUGAUUAUAAAAACAAUUACACUUAAGUAAUAUGUUGAUGUCUAAAUAUGAAAAUAUUUCUUCGUAAUAGAGAAUGGCUGUGGCGUUAUAAAGAGAGAAUUAAUGUAUGGGUUUUGUGUUAAACCAAAUAAACUUAUUUUUGUGUUACAGAGAGUUUUUCGUUAUAACGAAAGAGUUUACACUGUAAUUCCAGUAGGAUUUGACUUGGAGUGGGUUAAUUAUUAAGUCUUGAACAUUGAGUUAUUGGAAUGGCUGUUGCUUUUGCAGGGUAGGCAUUCUAAUAAAAAAUCCCAAAUACCAUCCCAACUUAUUUAUAUAUUCCUAGUACGAGAUCCGGCUGCAGGAUUAGUGCGCUCAUCGGUUAUUUGCUAAAAAUCAAAUUUUUAUGGAUAACGUGGUUUUUAUCUAAAUAAAAAUGCCGCAUCUAUUGAGUUUGAGAACACUAACAUUCGACGCAUGCGCAAUGGCUUAAAAGCGUCGCACAGGCGGCAUUCGCUAUCCUCGUCUGACUAAUGAUGUUAUGCGUUAACUCUCUUUCACUCUACCUUAAAUAUUUAUUAUCUUUAGCAGCAGGUAACCCUUAUAGUACGAGAUCCGACCGCGUGAUUUAUACGUUCAUAUGUUUGAUUAAUAAAAUAUAAUUUUUA